AUGGUUUGGAGCUGUUUUUGGAGUGGAGGAUUUGGAUUGUUAAAGGUCAUCAAGAACGAAACCGAUGGAGCAAGCUGCCACACAGGGGCAUAUUCUCAAUGGUGGAAGAGAACCCACCAGAUUGGUGGGUUUGACUUCUGGUCUGCCCAAAGCCCAGAUUUAAAUCCCAUCGAGAAUAUAUGGAGUACUCUUAAUAAGCGAAUUGACAAGAGAAGAGUCUCCAUCAACUCUUUGAACGAUUUGGAGGUGGCUCUACAAGAAGAAUGGGCCACAUUGGAUAGGGAGUCUGCAGGACGCUUGGUUGAGAGCAUGCAGAGAAGAUGCCAAGCUGUGAUUGAUGCCCAUAGAGGUCCCACAGAUUAUUAG